UCUGAAAUCUGGGGCACAAAAAACAUAGCAUAGAUACUGUAAGUUUAUGAAUUGUUAUGCUUUUUUUCCCCAAAAUACAGCACGGUCAGUUCAUGCGAUUUUUUUUUCGAAAUAAAACUGUUCCCAUAUCAACCCUAUAAAUCGUUUCAUUGCAUAAUAAUGCCAGUUGUUGCAGCUUUUAAUAAGUGCCCGCAUAUGAUAUAGGGUGACUCUGGGAUGCCUGUGUGUCAAGGAGGUCUAGGAGUUAUUUUAAAAAAUGCAUCACAUUUACCAGCUUGGCUUACAAAAUAUGCAUGUACCCGUAUAAUGUGAAAGCCGUAUUAAUUUAUAGUGUGUAAUUUUCUUCAGGUUGAAAAAACAACCCCUUCAACUUGAGUCAAGUUUGUCUCGUUCAGCCGCGAAAGAAAAGAAGGAAGGUGGAGGAGACAAGAAAUAUGAGCAGUAUCAUGGCUUCAAACUAUCAGUUUCUUCUGUCAGAGCUCAUCAAGUAAGUACUCAUUUGUUCAACUGAUGGCCCCGUUCACACAUAUCCGGACGUUUUUAAAACAGCCUUCCGUCUGUACGCAAGUUUAAACGUGUGGACAGACGAAAGAGCGUAGGUUUGAUUUCCGAAUACGAUGAUGUCAUCCGUAUUAUGCCACUAGCAUUAUGCACACACUGUAAAGGUUGAUUUCCACUGUCGCUUAAUUUUCACGUUCGUAUGCACAUAAAUUUUACGCGCGGCCUUUCACACAUUACCUCUAUUUUUGUGCGUAUACACGUGAAAAUUAGGGCGACAAUGGAAAUCCACCUUAUUGGUUGAUUUCCAUUGCAUAAUUUACACGUUCAUAUGCACGAAAUUUUUACGCGCGGCCUUUCACACUUCACCGCCAUUUUAAAUACUUACACGCAUAAAAUUUUGUGCGUAUCUACGUGAAAAUUUAUAAUACGCGACAAUGGCAACCACCCCAUGUGUUGAUUUCCAGUGUUGCGUAAUUUUUACGUGCGUAAAAUUUACGCUCGCAAAUAUAAUAGAGGCAAAGCACGAAAGGUCGCUCGUAAAGCGUAAAAGUUGAACCUCGCUCAACUUCUCGUUUAAGCUCAGCACUUUUUAUCUUGCCCCUAUUUUAUUUACCUGAUAAAAAUUUACGUGCGUUAACGUGCGUAGCCACAAAUGCCUUGGUGGAAAUCAACCUUAAGGGACGCAGCUAUCGUAUCCCCAUCAUUUUCAUGUGAAUGGUCAAAAAUCGAUUAAAUACGCUACGUGCGGACGCGUAGUUUUGUGAAAACGGAAAGGAUUUUUCCACAGCUUAAAAAGUUAGAACCACCUUACAAACAAUGUCCCUGUCACCCCUUAAAGCAGCCCACGCCAGGGCUUGGGAGAGACGGGAAGAAGGCUUCUCAACAAAUUUAUAUACGGAGAGGUUAGAGGCUCCGCCCCGAGGUCCAAGCCCAUAUCCUUUUCUUCGUGUUACACACCCUCUUACAUUUCUUAACACCACUUGAAAAUUACAACUGAAAUCGUUUGACAGCAGCCAUGGUGAUGUUAGAAAUUUAUUGUUUUUAGUAUCUAGGCAAUUGAACAUGUUUUUAACUUAAUAUGUUUUUUUUUCAAGGUGCUUGCUCUAAACAGGGGAGAACAGAACAAGGUCCUUACUGUCAAGCUAACCAUUCCCAAGACCGUAGAAAAGCAGUUCCUCGUUCUUCUUCGUAAAACAUGGGUGCCCUGUGACGCGCCAGGUACAUCACGUAUGCUUACAUUCUUUGAAAAAGCAAUGAAGUACAUGUACAUUGUCUACACUCUCAUAGCAAAAGAAAAGUAAAUAAAUAAAUGAAUAGCGCUCGACCAAUGAGUGAGCGAGAAAUCACUUGCUAAGAGAGUAUAAGUACAGUAAUAAAGAUUCGUCUGUCGUUGGAGCCUCUUGUAGAUGGCCAACUUCGUGUUUUUUUUUUUCUUGUGGUAGCGGGGGUGGGGGCGGGGGGCGUAUUUACAGUAGCUUUGACCUUGUAUAGCUAUUUUAAAUACACUGUACAGGGGGUAACGUAGUGGGAUUUAAGGGCCUCAAGCCUACGGUACGUAGAGUAGUGUGGGUAGGUCGUGCCUACUUUGUUAUUCGUUUACAACAUGUUUUUGGUUGUCAUUGCCAUAUAAUGAUGUAAAUCGUAACAGAAGUUUACGUCACUGAUUUUUUGACAGAGUUACUCAGUGGUAGCCUGCGAAAACAUCCCUUUCUCCUCUCUUUUCGCCGCUGGCGACGUUUCGCGCGGAGGAACGUCUGCGACUCAGCGGCAGAAAUUCCAUACUGAUGACACAAACCAAUGUUUACAUAAUAAAUCUCUCCUGAAUAAAUCCGGUAGUCAUGGGGUUCCAAAUACAAAUUUGUCCAAUUUUACUUGUCUUCUGGUCGAUUUUGGUUAAGUGUCGUGUUCAUCUGCCAACGAGCUCUAGCAAAACUCAAACGCUUCCUCUAGAGAAGAAUUGACUUGACUUGACUAUUUUGCUCGAGGUUCUUCGUAUUUACAUUUGACCUUUGUGGCCUUUUGUCUUUUGUCUGUCAUUCGUAAACAAUAGCUAAAACAAUGUAACUACUCCGUCGACCAAUCAGCGCUUCCGACCGGAUUGCGGACAGAUUUUACGUCAUCAGUAUGGAAUGUCUGUCGCUGAGUCGCAGACGUUCCUCCGCGCGAAACGUUCCCAGCGGCGAAGAGCGAGGAGAAACAGAUGUUUUCGCAGGCUACUCAGUGGCUGAGUUUAUUAAUUAUUUAGUUAUGUUUUUUUGGAAUUGCCUAUUUUGCUAUGCUUUCUGGUAUCGUAGGUUUUUUGACUACGUUUAUUGAAAUAGCUAAGCGUAGAUGUAUGUCUGCAUACAAUGCAUAUUUUUUUUUGGCUAUGCGGCUUUUAAGUUAUAUCUCAUCAGACCUUCCUCUGUCGCAGGAAAGAUCAAAAAGUUAUUUAACGCCGCAGUGGACGAUGCUUAUAAUAGACUUAUUAAACCCAAAGUCACCAGACAAUCCAGGUAAUUUGUCUUUUAACAUCACGCGCUGAGAUCAUGCAUGACAUGGUUGCAGACGACUUCCUUGACAAGGUUAUUGUAUAAUCGGCUUCAAGGAAUUCACUGUACCCUUUCGGCCAAGCUGAAACUAAAGCACCGUGCAAGUAAAACUAAUAAUUCAAAUCUGCGUGGAGUUCUAGUUAUUUAUUGUUAACAGGGUUUUUUCUGUAUUAAAAGAUGACGAAGUGCUGAUUUUGUGAUAUUAACUACAGAUGACCAGGGCACAAGAGAAACUGAGUCGUCAUUUAUUAUUGCUUUUCUUGCUUCAAUUAUUUUAGGACGUCAUUAACCAAACAGGCAGAAAAGGAAAGUGUUGAUCUAUUUAUGAUGAACCUUUAUCGUCUUCUCCUCACCCCUCCUGUCAGGGGAAUGAGCGUGCUUGGGCUCGACCCAGGCUUCUCUCAUGGAUGUAAAUUAGCAGUGCUGAGCACCACUGGUGAGUCCAGUAAUGCAGGUUCAAAAACGCUUUAAUUUUACAGUAGUGGCGUUGGCUAAUUUGCUUAUUUCAUUUCUUAUUUCAACUAGAAGCGCAUUUGUUGUUGAAACAAAAGAUUCCUUUGUUUCACUCGCGUUAUGACUUUGAAUAACAAGAACAAUGUUUAUAUAAACAGUGAUGUCUUCUUUUUUAGGGAGUAGAGAGUUCAACUGCGCGUUGUGCUCGACGAUAGCUGUUACGCCCAGUGUUAAGAUUUUGUAACUGGCGCCAGGGGGUCUAUUAUACAGCUGCUGUUGGGAACAGUUAGGAAGCGAGAGAGUAUGGGGGGGAGAACUUUCCCCCCAAACAACCCCUGCAUGCCCUCCCCCCCCUCCUAGGGGACUGUUGACUGGCUCAGUUCGGUAGAAAGUGAAAGUAAAGAGUAUUUUUCCUGCAUGUUGUAAUGAGAGGGAACCCUGUGCAAACUACAAGUACCUCCUUUUUUACAAUUUUGUUCAUGCAUUUACAAUUUUGUUCAUACAUUUAAUGUUUAGCUCCUUGGAUAACGAAAAUUGAAUCUUGGAUAACAGUUCUAGUGGGUUCAUUGUACUAUAGGUGAAGUUUUGGAGACAGGGGUAAUCUUCCCAUUUGGAAAGAAGGCAAAGACUGAACAAGCAAAGAGCACAUUGGUUGACUUCGUUAAAAGACACAGGUAAAUACAUGUACGGACAGGAAGUUGAACAAUGAUGGUUGAUGGGGAAAAAUAGAAAUCAGCACUUCUAAAAAACUGUCAUGUAUACUCCAUAAAUAAAACAAGAGACAAAGUAAGAAGUUCUGAAUGUAUUUUUAGUGCUAUUCUUGACCCUUAAAUGAGCCUCCAUACAAACCGUGGUAAUAUUUCUGUUGCGCACCAAUGAUCCUCACUCCUGAGCCUGGGGUACCUGUGAUGCACUCAGAAACAAAGACUGAUUCCGGGACUUCCUGAUUACCAACCUCGUCGCUGGGGUCUUCUCGUUUUCCAAUAAUAACAGCGGCCGCCAUACUGGAAACAAGAAGACCCUGGCGACGGAAGUGAAUAAGUAGGAGCAAGGACUGAAAUCCACUAAAACGGAAGUAAAUAUCCAGGAGUGAGGACUGGGAUUUAGUUCACCAAAACCACUCGGCCAACCGCUCCAGUGCGACGUUCGUUGUUGUGAACGACUUGUUCCAGAUCUGUGCCAUUACUGUUUCCACAAUACCGGAUGGCUUUUCGUUUCGGCACGAAGAUCUAGCCGGUACCGCGUAAACUUAGCUUUAAGUUACUACACCUAGCUAUCUUCAAAGUUACUUUAAGUUAUGCAAAUUUCGCAUUCUCAACUAUAACACAAGAAACGGUAAAAAAUUAAUUUUGGAAAAAGUAAAUCUUACAUGUAAGUGCACGCACGCAGCAAUCAUUCUUUUACAAAGGGGCAAGGAUUUUUAAUAAUUUGGAUAAGUCUUAAUUCGUAUUUAUAUUAUAUAAAUAGUUUUUAGCAUAAACUUUAACUUUUCUAAUUUUUAUAGUCUUAUUGUCGGUCUUUUUUUUUUUUCUUUUUUUCCUUUUAGUUUUUUUUAGCUAGAUUUUAAUUAGCAGGGCCCGCACUGAUAGCAGUUUUUUCUAAACUGACGUAGUCAUCCUGGGUAAACAUGUUCUAUAUAAUUACCACACAGUAUUGUUUCAUUGCAGAUGCGAUUACGUUGCCAUCGGUAACGGCGUAGGAUGUCGCGAUGCAGAAACAUUUAUCAGUGAGCUCAUCAAACAGCGUGCAUUUGCACCUCAAGAUAUCGCUUAUUGGUAAUAAUAAUUCAAUAUUAUUAAACUUGCUUUGAAGCGGACAAUUUCCUAUUAAUGCAAUUACCCGUGGUGAAAGUGCAUUUAUAUCAUACAACUGGGGGUUGGUUUUUGUUUGUUUUAAUUUUUGUUGUUGUUGUUUCCUUUUUGUAUGGACUUUUCCAUGUCCCCUUAUUCGGGAACUGGAAGGAAGAGAACCCUAGGGGAUUUUGACAUACUCCAGGGAUUUCAGUCAUUUCUCCUUGCCUUUUAGUGGUGGGAGAUUUUCAAAGAACAAUUGUAAUAGCCUACAUAAGAGGCGUCGAAAGGGAGGGGUGGUCAACAUCUCACGAGCACGGGACAAUGAAAAAAAUCUGAGUCCCCGAAAGGAAUUGAAACUAUGACCUUCCGUACACCGAUCGGAUGCUCUAACCACUGAGCUGCGAAGGACUCGUGGCGAAUGGGCCAUAUACAAGGUUCGGCGGUUCAUGUAUGAUAUGCGUCCUGCGUACUGCUAGGAUCAGCAAUGUCGAAAUCGCCAUGUGUGUGAUAAAAAGAAGAAAGAUGGUAAAUUUUGAGCUCGGUGAAGAAAUGAGAAAUGAUGUGAUCAACGUGUCACGAACACGGGACAAUGAAAAAACCUGAGUACCCGUCAGGAAUUGAACCUCAUUUCUUCACCGACCUUAAAAUUUACCAUCCCUCUUCCUUUAUCAAAGACAUUUUGUAGGGAAAGCUGUUGUGUGUUAGCUGGCUACUUAAAUGUAUGUGCGGCUCCAACUGCCAAAAAUAAAACUCUCAAGAACCUUACUAUUUAUGUUUCGUUUAGAAGUUGAGUAUUGGUCGUUAUUUGACUAACCUAAACUAAACUUGACUAAAUAUGUUUAUUUUUUCGCCAAAAAUUGCUGUCAGUUCCUCAGGUCCAAAGUGGCCAUGGACAGUCAGUCCGACUGGUAGUCCGACCGGUUGAACCGGUCAAAGUGGACCACCUUCAAAGUUGGUCCCAAAUGUUUUGGUUGGACCGAAAGGAAAUGGUCCGUUCCAUUUGAUUUAUAUCCGGAAAGUGUACUUAGUUCCCUAUAUCAAUCACACUGGUCUUAUCGUCGAACCUGCAGUUGCCUCAGCAACGUAAUCACUAUCUAACAGGGACGAUCAAUAAACAAUCAGACCAAUGCAAGGUUACAACGUAGGAAUAUUACGAAGGUUACAAUUUGGAAUUGUCUGUUUUUGUUUCAGUAUAGUAAGCGAAGAUGGGGCCUCUGUUUACAGUGCCUCUCCUGAAGCAGCUGCUGAGCUUCCAAGCCUUGAAGCAAGUCUCAGAGGAGCU